UACUCAUGCUUUGUGUGUGUCUAUGUGAUGAAACACUGGUGUAUUCAAGUUCCCUCUAAAGCCUGAGGUAACCUAGCAACCCAAGUGCUUGCCUCCCUGGAGCAUCCCCUGCUACCAACGGGAACACAAAGUGUUGUAAACAGGUGUAUGCACAAGUCCAAGUACACACCCCAGCAACAGACAUCUGAAACUUUGAGCACACGCAUCAGCCUGCAGAAGAGAUUUCAAACACACUUGGAGCAGCAUUAACAUCCCUCUGAAGAAUCCAUCCUCUCCGUGUUCGACUCUAUGCUCUUCAAACAAUCAUCUUUCGGCAAUAUCAGCCUUCAUUAUUUUUAAUUGGAGAGAGGAGUCUCAGGAGCAUCAUCUACAUCCUGCUCUCACUUUCUCUCACAAACCUGAACUCUACCUAGAGAGCAAUCACAAACAGCAAAACAGACUUCAGGCAGAGAACAAACAAAGGCUCCUCAGCCCGUACCUUAUCUUACUGAAAAGCUCAAAUGGGCAGUGCAAACCUUCGUGUGGAACAAAUGAUCAAAGACCGUCUACUCUGACCUGCCUUACAGUGACCAUCAGCUGUCAGACGAGCAUCUUCACAGCCUGAGGAACACCUUCAACCACUUUAUCUGCCUGCAACCUAACACACUUUGAGGAAUUAAAAUGAAAACAGCAGCACUCUGACUCCUGUGAAGCACCUGGAAAAGCUUCUGACUUGGAUAUCAACAAAAACAUUACAUCAUGUCUUCCAUACCAGGCAGGCUGAUAGGCAAGCCGAGUCCUAAAGGGGAGCAGUCCACUCUGACGCUGAGCCUGGCCAUGUUAUUUUUUCUCAUUAGCAAACAAAUGGGAAAACAAUCCAACUCCUUGUUCAUUGCCUUAAUGAAACUUCUGUUCAGACUUUUGAUAGAUUACCUCGGUGGGAGCACUGUCAGUUACUUUCUGAGGAUUUGAGGAUUUAUUUCCAGCCUUUUCAUCUGAUCCUACUCCCUGCUGAUUUCACUGGAAUAAGCCUUCAGGAAAAAACGCAGCAGGCAUAAAAAUAUUUAUAUAAUAGAAGCCUAAUUCACCCCUUAGAGCCAAAAGUUUUUUUUGUUUGUUGGUCCAAUACAGAAUGAAAACUGUGGCCACACAAAGCUGAAUACUGUGUGGUUUGACAGACCAGUCUGAGGCCAUGAAUGACAAGGUCUUCCUCCUUGAUUCUCCAAGAUACAAGAAGGACUUCAAGCAAAAGGGAGAAGAGCUGUUCCAGAGAACACUGGGAAAGUGUCUGUCCAGCAUUUUCAAAGGGGCACAGUAUGCCAGCAACAGAAGGACCACUUCCCCAACUGACACCUCAGCUCCCUGGUCAGAAAGAAACACCCAUCUGCACCAGCUCCAUUCAUCACAGUCCCUUCAUCCUCCAGCUAGCACCGGCAAGCCCGUCGGCUCCGCUCAUGGCCUCCUCGGGGCCAACAACUCCAUUCAGGGCCCCGGUGGAGCUGCACCCGGAGUCAGCCCGGUCCUAGCUUGGCAUGCCGCCAUUAGCGCAGCCCGGCAAGCGCAGGGCGAUCCUGAAAAGCCCAACAUAAGUUCACGUCCCCCAGUUUGUACCACUUCUGCGCCAGCUCCUGUGGGCUCACUGGCACAGAAGAAGAGGCAGCAGUAUGCCAAAAGCAAAAAGCAGGGAGGAUCCACCAGCGGCAGACCGCCCAGAGCCCUUUUCUGCCUCACCCUCAACAAUCCGAUCCGCAGAGCCUGCAUCAGCCUGGUGGAGUGGAAGCCCUUUGAUAUCUUUAUACUGCUGUCUAUUUUUGCCAACUGUGUGGCCUUAGCCAUCUACAUCCCCUUUCCUGGAGACGACUCCAACUCUACCAACCAAGAACUGGAGACAGUAGAGUAUGCCUUCCUCAUCAUUUUCACAAUAGAGACAUUUCUGAAGAUUAUUGCCUACGGUCUGGUGAUGCACCAAAACUCCUACGUCAGAAACGGCUGGAACAUGCUGGACUUUGUCAUUGUCAUUGUGGGGUUGUUCAGUGUGGUUCUGGAGAUGAUAACCAAAGAUGCAGAUUCUGGUGGUCAGUCUGGAGGCAAACCUGGAGGGUUUGACGUCAAGGCCCUCCGAGCCUUUCGCGUGCUACGACCCCUUCGCCUUGUCUCUGGAGUUCCCAGUUUACAGGUGGUUUUAAAUUCCAUUAUUAAAGCCAUGGUUCCCUUGCUUCACAUCGCUCUGCUGGUCCUCUUUGUCAUUAUUAUCUAUGCCAUCAUUGGCCUGGAGCUUUUUAUUGGCAAAAUGCAUGCCACCUGUUACAUGACAGAAACAGGUGCCCUCGCAGAGGAAGAGCCGGCGCCAUGUGCAAUAUCAGGGCAUGGGCGUCAUUGCCUUCUCAAUGGUACAGUUUGCCGGGAGGGCUGGCAAGGCCCCAACAAUGGCAUCACCAACUUUGACAACUUUUUGUUUGCCAUGCUCACUGUGUUCCAGUGCAUCACCAUGGAAGGCUGGACUGACGUUCUCUACUGGAUGAAUGAUGCAAUGGGCUUUGAGCUGCCGUGGGUCUACUUUGUCAGCCUCGUCAUCUUUGGAUCCUUCUUUGUUCUUAACCUGGUUUUGGGUGUGCUGAGUGGAGAGUUCUCCAAAGAGCGAGAAAAGGCCAAGGCUCGAGGUGAUUUCCAGAAGCUGCGUGAGAAGCAGCAGUUAGAAGAAGACCUGAAGGGCUACUUGGACUGGAUCACUCAGGCAGAGGACAUCGACCCUGAGAACGAGGAGGAGGGAGAUGAGGAGGGCAAGCGUAACCGGGUCACGCUGGCUGACCUUACUGAGAAGAAGAAAGGAAAGUUUGGCUGGUUCACUCAGUCCACAGAGACACAGGCGAGCAUACCCACAAGUGAGACAGAAUCAGUGACCACAGACAAUCACAACGGAGAGGAAGACAAAUCACCAUGCUGUGGUCCACUGUGUCAAAAAAUUACUAAAUCAAAGUGCAGCCGUCAGUGGCGUCGAUGGAACCGUUUCUGCCGCAGGAAGUGUCGCGCAGCUGUGAAAUCGGUGACCUUUUAUUGGCUCGUCAUCAUCUUGGUGUUCCUCAACACUCUUACUAUCUCGUCUGAGCACUACAACCAGCCAGACUGGCUGACUGAAGUACAGGAUGUUGCCAACAAAGUUCUUCUGGCCUUGUUCACCUUGGAGAUGCUGGUGAAAAUGUACAGCUUGGGAUUGCAGGCCUACUUUGUAUCCCUGUUUAACCGCUUUGACUGUUUCGUGGUGUGUGGCGGCAUCGUAGAGACCAUCCUGGUGGAGUUAGCGAUCAUGUCUCCUUUGGGUAUCUCUGUAUUGCGCUGCGUACGCCUCCUUCGAAUCUUCAAAGUCACACGUCACUGGGCAUCUCUCAGUAACCUGGUGGCCUCUCUCCUCAACUCCAUGAAGUCCAUCGCAUCCCUGUUGCUGCUGCUUUUUCUCUUCAUCAUUAUCUUUUCCCUGCUUGGCAUGCAGCUUUUUGGGGGAAAGUUUAACUUUGAUGAAACUGUGACUAAAAGAAGCACUUUCGAUAACUUCCCCCAGGCCCUUCUCACUGUUUUCCAGAUCUUGACAGGAGAAGACUGGAACACAGUAAUGUAUGAUGGCAUCAUGGCAUACGGUGGUCCUGCCUCCUCUGGAAUGGUCGUCUGCAUUUACUUCAUCAUCCUCUUCAUUUGUGGAAACUACAUCCUGCUAAAUGUUUUCUUGGCCAUCGCCGUUGACAACCUGGCAGAUGCAGAGAGCCUCAACACAGCGCAGAAAGAGGAGGAAGAGGCAAAGAAGAGGAAGAAUAGUGCCAGGGAUGCAAGCGCUGAUAAGAAGAGAUGUGACAUAGCAGAAAGCAAAGAUGGCGAGACCAAGGUGCCGCUGGAGGGCUUGCAAGAGGAAAACAAAGAGUUGUAUCCUUCCAGUGAGUCUCCAGUGUGUGAUGAUGGUACCGACAAUGACGAGCUCCCAGAAGUCCCGUCUGGGCCUCGGCCUCAGCGACUUUCUGAACUCACCAUCAAAGAAAAGAUUCCACCCAUCCCCGAAGGCAGUGCCUUCUUCAUUUUCAGCAGCACAAAUCCGUUUCGUGUAUUCUGCCAUAAGCUGAUCAACCAUCAGAUCUUCACCAACCUCAUCCUGGUCUUCAUCAUGCUCAGCUCUGUCUCACUGGCUGCCGAAGACCCCAUCCGCAACUUCUCCGCUCGCAAUAUCAUACUUGGUUAUUUUGACUAUGCUUUCACCGCAAUCUUUACUGUUGAGAUCCUGUUGAAGAUCCUAGGCUAUGCAGACUAUGUCUUCACUAGUAUGUUUACAUUUGAGAUCUUUAUUAAGAUGACAGCAUUUGGAGCAUUCCUUCAUAAAGGGGCGUUCUGUAGAAACUACUUUAACCUAUUAGACCUGCUGGUCGUUGGUGUGUCUCUGGUGUCUUUUGGCAUUCAGUCGUCCGCCAUCUCAGUGGUGAAAAUUCUUCGUGUUUUGCGAGUUCUUCGUCCUCUCAGGGCCAUCAACAGAGCUAAGGGACUCAAGCACGUGGUCCAGUGUGUAUUUGUGGCCAUCAGGACCAUUGGCAACAUCAUGAUCGUCACCACUCUGCUGCAGUUCAUGUUCGCUUGUAUCGGAGUGCAACUUUUUAAGGGUAAAUUUUAUCGAUGCACAGAUGAUGCAAAGUCCAGCCCAGAUGAGUGCAAGGGUACAUAUAUUCUCUACAACAAUGGUGACACUGCGCUGCCCAUGGUGAAGGAGAGGAUCUGGUAUAACAGUGAAUUCAAUUUUGACAACGUCCUCAUGGCCAUGAUGGCUCUUUUUACCGUUUCCACCUUUGAAGGAUGGCCCACUCUGCUGUACAAGGCCAUCGACUCCAACAGGGAGAACAUGGGCCCUAUCUACAACUACCGCAUCGAGAUCUCCAUCUUCUUCAUCAUCUACAUCAUCAUCAUUGCCUUCUUCAUGAUGAACAUCUUUGUUGGUUUUGUUAUUGUUACGUUCCAGGAGCAAGGGGAAAAGGAGUACAAGAACUGUGAGCUGGACAAAAAUCAGCGUCAGUGUGUCGAGUACGCUCUUAAAGCUCGCCCUCUUCGGCGGUACAUUCCCAAAAACCCCUACCAGUACAAGUUCUGGUAUGUGGUGAACUCCACCGGCUUUGAGUACGUCAUGUUUGUCCUAAUCAUCCUCAACACCUUAUGCCUGGCCAUUCAGCACCAUGGUCAGUCUCAUUUAUUUAACUAUGCCAUGGACAUCCUGAACAUGGUGUUCACUGGGGUUUUCACUGUAGAGAUGAUCCUCAAGCUGAUUGCCUUCAAGCCCAGAGGCUAUGUCGGGGACGCCUGGAACGUCUUCGAUGCUCUGGUGGUGAUUGGCAGUGUAGUCGACAUCAUACUCAGCCAGAACUAUUUUGCUGAUGCAUGGAACACGUUUGAUGCCUUAAUUGUUGUGGGUAGCGUGGUUGACAUUGCCAUCACUGAGAUCAAUUCGGCAGCCAUUCCUGUUGUCAAGGUGAUAGUGGAGCCAGGGAACACAGAGGACAGCGCUCGCAUCUCCAUCACCUUCUUCCGCUUGUUCAGGGUGAUGCGAUUGGUCAAACUGCUGAGCAGGGGUGAGGGAAUCAGGACUCUCCUGUGGACCUUCAUCAAGUCCUUCCAGGCUCUUCCCUAUGUCGCACUCCUGAUAGCCAUGCUGUUCUUCAUCUACGCUGUAAUUGGAAUGCAGGUGUUUGGGAAAAUAGCAAUGGUAGAUGGGACACAAAUCAACCGCAACAACAACUUUCAAACUUUUCCCCAAGCUGUCUUGAUGCUGUUCAGGUGUGCUACAGGCGAGGCCUGGCAGGAGAUCAUGCUAGCCUGCAUGCCAGGCAAGCUGUGCGAUUCAGAGUCAGACUACAACCCUGGGGAGGAGAGGACCUGUGGCAGUGGCUUUGCCAUUAUCUACUUCAUCAGCUUCUACAUGCUCUGUGCUUUCCUGAUCAUAAACCUGUUUGUUGCUGUCAUCAUGGAUAAUUUUGACUAUCUGACCCGUGAUUGGUCCAUUCUCGGGCCGCACCACUUGGACGAGUUUAAAAGGAUCUGGUCAGAAUACGACCCAGAAGCAAAGGGCAGGAUAAAGCAUCUCGAUGUAGUUACUCUACUGAGGAGGAUCCAACCCCCGCUGGGCUUUGGGAAACUUUGCCCUCACAGAGUGGCCUGUAAGCGUCUGGUGGCAAUGAACAUGCCCCUGAACAGUGAUGGAACUGUAAUGUUUAAUGCCACCCUGUUUGCUUUGGUCCGCACUGCUCUCAAGAUUAAGACUGAAGGGAACCUGGAGCAAGCCAAUGAGGAGCUUAGAGCUGUGAUCAAGAAGAUCUGGAAGAGGACCAGUAUGAAGCUACUGGACCAAGUGGUGCCUCCUGCAGGCGAUGACGAGGUAACAGUGGGGAAGUUCUAUGCCACCUUCCUGAUACAGGACUACUUCAGAAAGUUCAAGAGGCGCAAGGAGCAAGGUCUUGUGGGAAGGCGCUCAUGGGAGAGGCUGAAUACCACCUUGGCUCUACAGGCUGGCUUGCGUACACUACAUGACAUUGGACCAGAAAUCCGUCGUGCCAUAUCGUGUGACCUGCAGGAGGAAGGACUAGUAGAUGAAAAUGCAGAGGAAGAGGAGGAAAUCUACAGACGUAAUGGCAGCCUUUUUGGGAACCAUGUCAACCACAUAGGUGGGGAUCAGCAAGGCUCUUCUCACCCCACCACUGUCACACAGCGGCCACUACAGAUCCUGCCCUUCUCCAGCGCUGCCUCGACCGAGCCCCCGCAAAUCGUCAGGAGAGCCAGCAGUAACGAUAGAGAAGGAGAGACAGAACUGAACUCUUCAUCAAUCCUGUGCAAUCAACUUCAUCACACCACUCAUUACCCUCACUGUAAUUCCACUUGUGUUCAGUCGCCAAUACCUUCCAAUGCCAACCUCAACAAUGCCAAUGUGCCCUCACUUCUCUCCAUGACCAUUGCGAGGCAGCAGAAGUGUUUAAUACGGAGUCGCCCAUCCUCCACCAGAAACGCAUCAUCAACAACUACUUACAGCAAAGGACUGCAAGGCAAGCCUUGGAAGUCGCACUCCACAAGGACACGCUACUAUGAGGCCUAUAUUAGGUCAGAGAGCAGCGGAGCACUUUAUCCCACCAUUCGUCGAGAGGAGAGGGGCAAUGGGGACAGCGAUGAAGAGAGAGGCUCAGGCGAGUACUUCAGUGGGGAGGAAUUUCAUGAAGAUGACAUCAUGCUCACAAAGGAAAGGCUGUCCAACAAUGAAUGCCAUGAUGAUGCAGAGGGAGAUUUUGACCUCGUUUCCAGGGGUGACUGCCAGUCUGAAAGUUACUGUGACGAUGAUCAACGGCCAAUCUACCAGGACAGCAGGGCGUCACCCAGGAAAUGGUUUUUACCCUCACCUCAAGCCUCUAACAGACCAACAUUCAACUUUGAGUGUCUUCGGAGAAGAAAUAGUGGAGACGGUGCUCCUCCUUCUCCAUCAUGCACAGCUCUUCCACUACACCUGAUGCAGCAGCAUGUGAUGGCGGUGGCCGGUCUCGACGCAAGCAAAAUUCACCGUCUUUCUCCCACAAGGUCCAUGCGUUCGUGGGCCACACCUCCUGCCUCCCCAGUUAGCCGUGACUUCUCGCCCAGUUACACGCCCCUUAUACAGGUGGAUUGGCGCAGUCCUGGCAGUGUGGCCAGCAUCCCUGGAGCAGUGAAGAGGAGUUCAUGGUACACAGAUAGUCAGGAUGGCCCUCCCAGCCAAAGCCAUUCUCCGUCACGUCUGCAUUUACCCGCAGAGUGCUGCUCGCACUGCCUGCAAAAGAGAGGCAGUGCCAACAGUCUGGUGGAAGCUGUGCUGAUUUCUGAAGGUUUGGGGAAAUACGCCAGGGACCCUAAAUUUGUGUCAGCAACUAAACAUGAGAUUGCAGACGCCUGCGAGAUGACCAUUGAUGAAAUGGAGAGUGCCGCCAGUAACCUGCUGAAUGGGACCAUGGGUAAUGGCAACACAGGGAGGAAAGAGAGCGUUGGCUCGGAUUCGCAUGCCAGUGCAAAUAUUAGGGACCACAGCAUCCGUGACUACAGCGAUGAGGAACCAUAUGUGGCUGUGAAAUGUGAGGAGGACCUAACAGAUGAGAUGAUAUGCAUCACCUCACUAUAACAGCAGCUCACACUGGGAUAUAUUUAGGAUUUUUUCAAUUGAAUUUUUACUACUGCUCUACGGUGAGGGGACACGUCUAUUCAAGUGCAUCAUGCAAUAAUGAAAAUGUGUAAAACACAGAUGGAUAAGAGAGCAAAGUGCCUUGUUUUCUCUUAAGAAAUGAUGAAGAAAUGGUUGGGUUUCUGGAAAAUUUAGCAAACCAGAGGGAAUCAAAUCUGUCUGCCAACCAGUCUGCCAUCUAGUGAGAAUUCAAACCUCUAAAUUGGGUUUUUCUUUAUUGUUACACUGGUUUCUUACAGCAGGAAAAACUCAAAUGCAGGUUUUCUAACACAGAUUUUAGGAAUCAGCUUCAGUUCAAGGCGAUAAUGGGUCGGCCCAGCUGCAUUGUUCUAAAAUAAAUCUAAACUGUUUACUCGAUAUAUAAAGAGCCAAAAAAACAAAAAGUGUUCCACCGUUUCAAUCAUUUUUAGAUUGCAGUGCAUGAUUUUGUUUUUCCCAAAGAAGCUGAUUUUGUUAAAACAAUUUUAGAAAAAUAUCCAAAGCAUUCAACUAACUUACGUUCCAGUUUAGAUGUCUGAAAAAAACAAACCCCACCAGCGCCAGGUCAGCGUAUGGUUGUCCAGUCAUUCCAAGCUUCCCUGUAUUUCGUUGCCAGAUCCAUGUAUAUAAAUAAUGUGUGAUUUUAAACCUUUUAUUGGUCAUGUUAGCAAACACUGGUUGUUCGCAUUACAUUAUUACCUUCGUGACUCGAUUUAGAGUAAAAAAAACAAAAACAAAAAACUUGACAGAAACAGUUUUUUUCUUAGUAGUCUUGAUCACUUAAACUUCUCUGGGUUCACAGUUCAGGAUUUCAGGGCUAAGCUUGGCUAUGUCUCUGUUUUUGACUUGAAAAGGAAAUCACAUAUCAGUAAGAAAAAUAACAUGUCUUUGUCCUCAGGCAUAUCCUCCUUCUUCAUGUAAUCGCGGACACAUUCUCUUAAGUCCUCCCUUUAAACUAACAGCAGUGCUACAUUCAAGGAGUUUGAUCAAGCUACACACCCUAAAAAUAAAGGAAUAUUAGGAUGCUGUGUGUCACUCGCUGCUGUGUGUCACUCACUGCCCUUGAUGAUCCUUAACUUUGAAGACUGAGUUUUCUUUGUUAAGCCCUUUACUCAGAUAUGCAAUGAUGGACUACUAUGAAUCACUAUUCCCCCUGAAUCACUCUGAGAUCAGCAACAGUAGAUAAUCUCUGAGGUUUCUGUGUGAUGUGGCUCAAUAGUGCAUGAGACCCAGACUACUCAUGUUUUAAAAAUAAUUACUCGCUGACAGGAUGAAGUUAUCUUUGGCAGUUCUUGAAGGUGAAACAAAAAUAAAAGCAAAGACCACCAGUUUCUUUGUGCCACAGAUGACACAUCAAGUAAACCAUUUAUUUCCUCCACUGCUGCAAAACUCUUUGUUGUUUUUGCAAUGGAAUGAAUAAGACCAUACAGGUCUCUACAUAAUGGGCGACUAUUUACUGGAUUGCCUGACAAUAUACUAUGUCAGUAUAUUUGCUAUUGUAAUGAAAUGACUGCUGUUGCCUUUUAUCUGUUGGAGUUGUUUUUGUCAAGACAAAGAGCACAACUUGGGGGAAAUCGUAGUAAAGCGUUUCGGCACCACUAAUGGGUGUUUGUCUCCCACUGCCAACUAUAAAGCCUUCAGAUUAAUUUAAACAAAAAACAACAUACCAAGUGAUGGAUAGGCAAUCUUUCUUUUUUUCUUACUCUAAAUACUGCUGUAAGGGCAAUUUGUUCUGUACAAUCAAAGGGCUCCUAUAAAACCAAAACAAGGGAAUGCUUGGUUACAUUGUAACCCUAGUUCUCUGAGUGUAGAGACUCUCUCUCCACUCAACUACGUAUUUCAUUUAUGAGUUGGAGAGAUAGUCUGGACAGAAUAGAGAACACUCGUCCAUACUCAGAUGCGUCAAAUGUUUUUUGUUACCAAAAUUACUGAGGUUUAUUUAUUUAUCUAUUGUGACUAAAAGUUGACUAAAGGGUCUAAAUCCGGUGCCGGUGGUUGCUAUUGGACAUUCUGAUGAUGUAGAUAUACAGAUGUACAGAUGUAUAAGCAGGAUACAAGCUGCUAUCUGGACUAUCGUUCAGAUGGACUGCAAAUGCACUCUUUCCUCUUCACUCUAGAAGAGCCUCAUACAGGUUUAAGUGGCCAAUACAGCUGAUAAAUGAGACAUAUGCAUUUUUUUAACUGCAAGUAAAUUGUUUUUAAUGUAGACUUUGAAAAAAAUCUUAUUACCUCUGUAACUCUCCGGGCCUGUUGGUUAACAUGUCAGGGAAACUCUGGUAACGCUGCAUUUGCACAAAAGUAGUAAUCGGAAACAUUUAUGUGUGAUUUUUUUUUUCUUUAUUGGCAGCGAUCGUGAUUGGUUGUCCAAAAGUCCAUAGUAAUGAAUGAUGAACCACCAAAUUAGUAAAAAACAGUGUUUGUACCCAACAUUACAAAGAUUAAAGAGAAGUACCAGAUUCAACACUGGUUUGAUUUCCAAGAAGCCAUAAAAAGUCUGAGGUAAACAUGUUGGCUUCUAUGUGAGACUUUUGUUUUUUUAUUGAAAACCACCCAACUCCACUCCCCAAGGCAUUCAGCUAUGCUUUGAAUCACUUACGACAGCUUCUUGACUGGAAGCCACCUGCUUAGGAAUAUAAUCUGUCAAAAGUGCACGACUCCAGACAAUUCAGAUUUACCCUGUGGCUCACAUGCGAGAAACUUGAAACAACAACAGUCACGUGGAGAUUAUUACUAGUGCAACUACCCAAAUGAUUUAUCACAUGAGAUAAAAUGACAAGGACUGCAAAGCUUUGUUGUGCAACGCAGCUUUACUUUUUUGUACUGUUCCACUGCUUUACAGAUGUCUAUAAAGUGACAAUGAUGUAUAAAAUCUGUACAGCAUUUGUAAAAAGUACGCGAUUAACUUGAAGAUCUCUGCUUUCUAUCCAGUUGUAUGAAAAUUUAAAAAAAGCAAACAAGAAUAGCUCUAUCUCUACUUUGUAGCAUGAGUACUAGUACCUUAUAAGUUUUGUACCAAUAAAAAGAGAAGCCCUUUUUUGCAUACUUGAA